AUGCUGUUCAGUUAUCUCCUACUACUAUUACCAGAAGAUUGUCGUGUCGUUCCGAUAUUUCCUCUACCAACGUAUGGCGAACUUUACACGAACAACAAUUGUAUCCAUUUCACGUAUCGAGUAGGCAAGAAUUGUUACCACAAGAUUAUAACAAGCGCAGAAAUUUCUCCCAGUGGUCAAUUCGACAAUGCAUAUGAGAUCCUAACUUCCAGAACUGCAUUUUGGUUACUGAUGAAUCUUGCUUUACAAGAAACGGAAUUCCUAAUUUUCGAAAUACUUGGGCUGAAGAAAACCCUCAUACGACUGCUCAUGGACGUUACCAACAUACCUUUUCUUUAA